ACAAUUAUGAUCAUCACAUUCGAUAAAAAUGACAUGACAUAAAUAAAAAGGGGAAUCACAAUUUGAAAAAUUUAUUAAAAAUCGUUAUUAUUACGUCGUCAAUCAGUGAAAAUUGCAAUAAAAAUAUCCUGUCUUUUUUUUAAACUUAACGAUUGCCUCAUAUAUUUUCAUGAAUUUUAUAUAUAAAUGGAUAUUUAUACAAAUAGAAUUAUUUGUAGACGAAUGGAUAAACUUGUCGACAAUGUGAAAUGAUUUCUCUGAAGAAAAAUUCAAAAUCAGACAUGAGUAAUCUCAGUACAUUGGAGGCAGCAGCACAAGAAGAGAACCUUCACUCGCAAUUUGCUCUUCAAGUUGCUUUUCAAACAAUGAAGGAACGUUGUCAACAUUUUCAGGCAAGAUUAGCUGCUGUCGAGGAAGAAAAUAUUCGUUUAAGACUAGAAUGCGGUAAAGAAGUAGCCGCAAUUGCUGAAAAAAGUCGAAAAGAUACUAAAGAUGAAAUCUCAAUUUUAAAAGAAAAAGUCGAGGAAUUAACGAAACAAAAGUCACAAUUAAAUCAUCAUAUUUUCAUGGUGGCGGCUGAAAAUCGUCAAUUAUGGAAUAGAUUAACGAGAUUAACUAGAGCAAAUAAAACAUUAGGAAAUCAAUUAACAAAAAUUUCGGAUACACUUAAGAAACAUCCACCAGCGGAGGCAACGGAUAUUUUAACAUACAGUUUUAAGGAGACUUGUAUUGAUACACCGGGUGAUAAUAAAUGUCUACUUUCAUCGGAUGCUAUUAAAGAUCAGAGUCUCGAGGAGAUUUCUCUGAGGCUAAUUAAUAGUAUAAUGUUGGAGAAAUGUGAAUUAGAAAAACAAUACGCAGAGAUGGUGGAAUUACAAACUGAUUCGCAGGUUAAUCUGCAAAACGUAGGUUUCACGUAUCCAGAGGACGUUGAUACAGAUUCUUUGGAACAAUUAAAAGAUCAUGACAGUAGAUUAUCUCAAACGAAAGAAAUUCUCUUGAGCCAACAGGCAAGAUUGAAGAGAAUUGUAGGAAAAAUUAAAACCUUAAAGAAAGGAACAACGUGUCAAAUAUGUCGGAAGAAUGCUAGUAAAAUUCUCUGUCAAACAGGUACACAAAUUGAUUUAGAUAUUAGUAUAAAAGAAAAUCAUACAUUAAAGACAAAUAUUUCUGCUGAUAAUUUAAGUGAACAUAGUUUAAAUUUUGAGGAAAAUAACCUGAGUAAUAAAAUAUGUCCAUUAUGCGGUGAAUCUUAUGGAAACUCGAUUUCGUUCACCGAAUUUCAUGAGCACGUAUUGAGUCAUUUUAGUAACGAAGACAUGGAAGUUGUAAAUUGAUGUUAAUAUUUAAUGGUAAAAUUUAUAAUUCUAAUUUAACAAGCAAAUUUUAUCAAUACAUAUUUUUAAAUUAUGUAGCAAUGUUUCUAAUCGCAGAUCAUUUAAUUUAUCGUCCUUGUUUAUGAAACAAUAUUUUAAAUGACUUGUUCAGAACAAAAAGAAAAGGUUUUUCUGAGUUAAAUCUGCACGAGGUUUCGUUUAUUUUACCGCAGAUCCACAACUCAUGUACCUCGUAAAAAUACCCUCAAAAAGAGAUCUUAAUUCUUUAGAGAAUUUGUACAAAUAAAAAUAGAGUACAAAAUAUUUCUUUUAUUUCAUUAAAUAUUAUUUUCGAUUAAAAUAUAUGUAAAAACCAAUAACAUUUCGCAGUAUUAAAAAUUACGGCAAUAUUUAUGAUUUUCAAAAUAGUUAUUGGGAAAAUGUUUUUGUGCAAUGACGUAAAUAGUUGUAAAUAGUUUUAUUGAA